UCCUGCUACCGUCAAAAGGCUGUAGCUUCACUGCUCCAAGGAAGCAAGCCGAAACACAGAGAAGACAAAGAGCGCGACGCGAGAGAGAGAGAGAGAGAGAGAGAGAGAGGUGCGAAGAGAGGGAUCAUUUCCUCUCUCUUCUGCUCACUUCUUACAUGCCCUCUCGAACACUCGGCCUCAGUUUUGCCCUUGCCAGUCGCAGACACCCCCCUGUUUCCCGGCGACCAAAACCACCGAUGUUCAGCCACUGACCAUCUCAACAUAUCCUCCUCUGUCGCUCAAUGGAUCUCUCCACCUCUUAUAGCCUUUACUGCGCCGAGGACGCCGAUUCCUGGGACGCUGGCGGCAACGGCGGCGGGGAUGACUUCGGCGACGAGUGGACACCUGCUGCUUUCGAUCUCAUGGCACUUCUCUCAGCCGAAACAGAACACAUACCGUGUUCUGACUAUCUCUCUCGAUCCCUCGACAGCAUCACCGCUCGCCAUGAUUCGAUCAACUGGAUCCUCAAGGUAAUCGAUUUCUACCGCUUCCGUCCGGAAACCGCCUACCUCUCCGUCAACUACCUCGACCGCUUCCUCUCAGUCAACUCCCUUCCAGUAGUAAAGGAGCAAAACGGGUGGCCGAUACAGCUUCUAUCUGUAGCUUGCAUCUCCGUCGCAGCGAAAAUGGAAGAAACCCACGUUCCCCUGCUUCUCGAUCUCCAGAUUCUUGACCCAAGGUGUUUGUUCGAGCCCAGAACCAUUCGACGCAUGGAGCUCGUUCUCAUGGCGGCGCUCCAUUGGCGGAUGCGCUCCAUUACGCCGUUCAAUUUCCUUCCUCAUUUCGCUUCCGUCGUUCUCCCAUACGUAAGCGCUUCUCGCCCUGCCCUCUUUUCCCGCGCAGCCGAUCUCAUUAUCAGUACACUCCCCGUUGUAGAUUUCAUUAAAUUCAGACCGUCGGCCGUCGCCGGCGCUGCGGUUCUGUGCGCUGCAGCAGAACUUUCCGAUUCUACGCCCACCGAUAACGGCGACUGCCUUAGCUGCUUAAGUGGGUGGUUAAGCAAGGAUGUAUUGGGGGCCUGCCGCCAGCUAAUGGAUCAGUAUCUCAUCGACAGGUCUCCAUCACCACGAGCUAAGCCUCCGAUCCGCCCACCCACGCCGCGAAGCCCUGUCGGCGUUCUUGACACCGCCCAGUGCGGCAGCUGCGACACGCAGAAGUCGUCCACCGCCGGCCUGAUCAACGGCGACUCGCCGCCUCUGAAACGGCGGCGGCUGGUCGACAGCCAGUGUACAGAGAGUAAAUAAAGAUAUUCGGCUAAAUCUCCCCAGCAAUCAAUUCAUCUUCAUGUCUUAAUUUCUAAAUUUUUGAAAAAUUUCCUCUCUUUUUUUAA